CAAGUGGGCUCCCUGCCUGAGCCCAGCACUGCCGGCCCUGGCAGCCGAUCAGACGUGCUAGGCCCCCAUGGGAGCCAGCUUGGCUGGACAGGCAGGGGCUGCUGGGCCGCACAGGACACCUGGGGGCCUGCCAGGGGCAGGUGCAGGCUCCACUUGGCACAUCUACUGGAGAGUUCUUGUGCGGUGCCGGGCCUGCUGGGGAUGGGCUUCAUCUGGGGGCACCAAGAAGAGCCCGGAAAAGAGCGGAAGGUGGGGCCAGCUCCAAUGUGUUCUCCAUGUUUGAUCAGUCCCAGAUCCAGGAGUUCAAAGAGGUUGGCUUUCACCAUCAUGGACCAGAACCGGGAUGGCUUCAUCGACAAGGAGGACCUAAGGGACACCUUUGCUGCCCUGGGCCGAAUCAACGUGAAGAACGAGGAGCUGGACAUCAUGGUGAAGGAGGCCCCUGGGCCCAUCAACUUCACUGUUUUCCUGACCAUGUUUGGGGAGAAGCUGAAAGGUACAGACCCAGAGGAGACUAUUCUCCAUGCCUUCAAGGUGUUCGACACGGAAGGGAAAGGCUUCAUCAAAGCUGAUUUCAUUAAAGAGAAGCUCAUGACUCAGGCAGACCGGUUCAGUGAGGAGGAGAUCAAGCAGAUGUUUGCGGCUUUCCCACCAGAUGUGUGUGGCAACCUGGACUACAGGAACCUGUGCUAUGUCAUCACGCAUGGUGAAGAGAAGGACUAGGAGACCAAGGACCUCCCCCACAUCACAGGCAGCAAACCUUGGGAGUGGGGGUGACUGCCAGGGAGCCCCUGCAGCCAGUGUGUGCAAAGAAAAGGCUCCCCUUGCCCCAUGGGUUGGGGGCUAAGCAAGAAUAAAUAAUGCUAACAAGG